CUCCUCAUUUCCCGUGCGCUGCCGCCCUGGUCUCCCUUUCCCCGCCGCUACCCGCCGGAUCGGCUUUGGGACUAACCUUUAGCUGCUGCCCUCCCUUUUCACAGAGUGGCUCCUGUUUGUCUUCCCCACUCCCUACCAGAGCAACCAGUGGCGUCCGUCAGUGGGAAGGGAAGGAAAACACCUCUCAGCAGGAAGAUGGCAACCAGCUUCCUGGUGCAUGAGAAGAUCUGGUUUGACAAAUUCAAGUAUGAUGACGCAGAGAGAAAGUUCUAUGAGCAGAUGAAUGGUCCUGUGCCCGUCCCCUCCCGACAGGAGAACGGCGCCAGUGUGAUCCUCCGUGACAUUGCCAGAGCCAGGGAGAAUAUCCAGAAAUCGCUGGCCGGAAGCGCAAACACCAGCUCUUCCAGUGGUCCCAGCGGGGACCAUAGUGAGCUGGUCACCAGGAUUUCCAAUCUAGAGGCAGAGAACCAGAGCCUUCGAAGUGCGAUUCAGGACCUACAGCUCACCAUCUCCAAGCUCGAAAUCCGGCUGUGUACCCUGGAGAAAUGCUCCCCUUCUCAUCGCUCCCUGGCUCCUCAGACUCAGCAUGUAUCCCCUAUGCAGAAGGUGGAGCUAUCCACCACAUCACCCACUAAGAAGGCGGCCACCCCAGCAGAGGAUGAUGAGGAAGAUGAUGAUAUUGACUUGUUUGGUAGUGAUGAUGAGGAAGAAGACAAGGAAGCAGCCAGGCUUCGGGAGGAACGGCUUCGGCAGUAUGCAGAGAAGAAGGCCAAGAAGCCAGGGCUGAUUGCAAAGUCUUCCAUCCUCCUAGAUGUCAAGCCUUGGGAUGAUGAAACCGACAUGGCAAAGUUGGAGGAGUGUGUCCGUUCCAUCCAGCUGGAUGGACUGGUCUGGGGAGGCUCCAAGCUGGUGCCUGUGGGCUAUGGCAUUCGGAAGCUGCAGAUCCAGUGUGUGGUAGAGGAUGACAAGGUGGGCACGGACAUCCUGGAGGAGGAGAUCACCAAGUUCGAAGAUUAUGUGCAGAGCGUUGACAUCGCUGCUUUCAAUAAGAUCUAAAAGGCCCCUGAAUGUGUGUGAAUCUGUAACCAAAAUAAAGGCUGAGAUUUGAGGUG